AUGUUGGUCUUCCUAGUCAUCUCAAUCUCAUUGAUCCUUCUUUGCUAUUUGGGUUAUAAGACUCGAUGGAUAUACACCCUCAUAUAUAAGGUGGACGAGAGUUCGACAGCAUAUGGUGGUGAACUUGUUGCCGAUGUUCUAAAAGCACAUGGCGUUCCCUAUCUGUUUUGUUUAUCCGGUGGUCACAUAUCACCAAUAUUGGUUGCUUGUGAAAAACGUGGUAUACGUAUUAUUGAUACUCGCCAUGAAGUGAAUGCGGCAUUUGCUGCUGAUGCAGUAUCUCGUCUGAGUGGCAAAAUUGGUGUUUGUGUAGUAACUGCUGGACCGGGUAAUAUCAUUUCUUCUGAUGUUCUACAUUUACAGAUGAUAAUAUUGACUGGCUAUUUAGGUUUAACCAACACUGUGACAGCGAUAAAAAAUGCCCAAAUGGCUGAAAGUCCGUUGCUACUACUUGGUGGUUGCGCUGCAAAUCUUUCCAAAGGACGUGGUGCAUUACAAGAUAUUGACCAUAUGUCUCUAUUCAAAUCUAUAUGUAAAUAUACUGUCAGUAUCAAACGUGUACGUGAAAUUCCAAGCAUGCUUCGACAAGCGAUUCAUGUUGCUCAAUCGGGAACACCAGGACCUGUAUUUGUCGAAUUUCCCAUUGAUGUUUUAUAUCCAUUCCAUCUGGUUGAGCGUGAAGUAGGAAUUAAACCCAAUCCAAAGACAGUAGCCGAUCGAUUCGCUAAUCUAUAUUUAUCUACAUAUAUUCGCGGAACAUUUGCUGGAGCUUGGGAUAGACAAGAUGUAUCUCCCAUACCACCAAAAAUACCUUAUGCAUCUAACGUUUCGAUUCAAAAAGCAGCAGAACUAGUUCGAGCGGCCAAGAGUCCAGUGUGUUUACUAGGUAGCCAAGCUACGCUCCCGCCAACAUCGACUAGUGCAGUAGUGGAAGCACUUGAAUCGAUGAACAUUCCAUGUUUUCUCGGUGGUAUGACACGAGGCUUAUUGGGCAGAAAUAGUUCAAUACAAUUUCGACAUUGUCGAAAAGAAGCCUUGAAAGAUGCAGACGUUGUUCUUCUGAUUGGAGCUGUCUGCGAUUUUCGUCUUGGAUAUGGCAAAGUUCUUUCAAGAAAAUCGAAGAUUAUUAUUGUUAACCGCAAUUCAUUUAGUUUGCAUCAAAAUAGUGAUGUCUUCUGGAAACCAACAUUACCAAUCAAAGGCGAUCCAGCUGAUUUUCUUGUAAGAUUAAACAAAGUUUUAGCUGAGAGUAACUAUCGAUGUUCGACUUCGUGGAUUGAAAAUCUUCGAAAUAAAGACGAUGUCAAAGAAGAAACAAACCGACAAAAAGGAUUAGAAAAAACAGAGGUUCUUUUGAAUCCAGUCCGCGUCUUACAAGAACUUGAAGCACAAUUACCAGAGAAUGCAAUUCUAAUUGGUGAUGGUGGGGAUUUCGUAGCUACAGCUGCUUACAUACUUCGUCCUCGUGCACCAUUGGCUUGGUUAGAUCCGGGCGCUUUCGGUACAUUGGGCGUCGGAGCAGGUUUUGCUCUCGGCGCAAAAUUAGUUCGACCUGAAGCAAGCAUAUGGAUUAUCUAUGGUGAUGGUGCACUUGGCUACAGUAUUAUGGAAUAUGAUACAUUUGUUCGACAUAAAAUACCAGUGAUAUCUAUUGUGGGUAAUGAUGCUUGUUGGAGCCAAAUAGCUCGCGAUCAAGUGCCGCUCUUAGGCAGUAUUGUUGGAUGUUCAUUAGAAUAUUCCAAAUAUGACAAAAUUGUGGAAUCUUUGGGUGGAGUUGGUUUUCAACUCGAUCGUUCGAACGAAAAUAACAUGAUAGAUAUAUUUCGACAAGCGAAUGAUGUUAAUCAACAACAACAAAAAAGUGUGCUUAUCAACUGUUUGAUUGGAAGAACAAAUUUUCGCGAAGGCAGUGUUUCAGUAUAA